UUAGACUUAUCGAGCUUUGUACAUUCCUAGUGUUCAAUAUUUACACUAAUUUUUAGUUUGUUAUUUAUGUAAAUUGAAUCUCUACUAUGAUAAAAGCCAUACUUGUGUUUAACAAUCAUGGGAAGCCUCGAUUAUCGAAAUUCUAUCAAUAUUUUGAUGAAAGCCUUCAACAACAAAUCAUUAAAGAGACGUUUCAACUUGUUUCAAAACGUGAUGAUAAUGUCUGCAAUUUUCUGGAAGGCGGCAGCUUAAUUGGUGGCUCGGAUUACAAGCUAAUAUACAGACAUUAUGCCACAUUGUACUUUGUCUUCUGCGUGGAUUCCUCAGAAAGUGAGCUGGGAAUUCUUGACUUGAUACAAGUGUUCGUCGAAACUCUGGACAAGUGUUUCGAGAACGUGUGCGAGUUGGAUUUAAUAUUUCAUGCCGAUGCCGUUCAUCACAUUCUCUCAGAGCUUGUCAUGGGUGGAAUGGUGCUGCAAACCAAUAUGAACGAUAUAAUGGCCAGGAUUGAGGAACAGAAUAAGUUGGUUAAGCAGGAGGCUGGAAUAUCCGCAGCACCAGCUCGUGCUGUCAGUGCGGUCAAGAGUAUGAACAUUCCACAACAAAUUAAAGAUAUAAAACUGCCAGAUCUACCACAGGCUAUUAAGGAUUUGAAAUUUUGAUAAGUGUAUGUUUAUUUGGAAAAUCUCUUAAAUAAUCUUAGUAAUAUCUCGUUUUUAGCAGGAAAGCAUAAAGAUAUGAUAAAGCCGGUAGCUUUAAGAACUACUAGAUGAUAUCUAAAUUAAAUAAAAAGCUUUCAAAUCCAAACAAAUUCAAUCGAAGAACAAAAUAAUAUAUAUACUUACAAUCUUUUAAUUCGGGCGGAAUAAAUCUGAGUUUAAAGUUUUAAAGCUUCCACUACUAUCACUAAAAUUAUUAAUUAAGACGAGACAGAUUGAAUUAUGCUAUAUUGGCCUGAACUUGGCGAUAACCUCUUCAUCUGCUUGUUUGUAUGCUAAUCCGAAAAUUAUGUAAUGUCUGAAUCGAAUUUUCUUUAGAAUAUACCCAAAUGGGUAAAUAAAUUUUCAUACACUAAUUUU